AUGCUCGAGGCCUUCUCCAGCACCAUCUGCAGCAUUCGACGUGCUGCAGCAGCAGCAGCAGAAGCAGCAGCAGCAGCACGCAUGCACGUGCUGCAGCAGCAGCAGCAGCAGCAGCAGCAGCAACUGCAGCAGCAGCAGCAACUGCAGCAGCAGCAGCAGCAACACAGCCAAGGAAGACACGGAAGCAGCAAGACACUCCCCUGA